UAUAGAUCCGUCACGUUAACAUCAGCUCCGCGGAAAAAAAUCCAAAAAAUUGGUAUUUUUUGAGCUACGCGCAUAAAAGUGUUGUGUUUAGUUUUUAUAGUGUGUGACUCACACGGACUACUGUUGGCAAGGAAAUUCCUGGAAGAACUUCGGAGAUACGGUACCUACAAUUUGGUCAGUCCACAGAACCUUCUCCCAGCAUACCACCAGCUUCCAGGUAUUUAUCUCCUAUUAUUUUGGAAAACCUCCAUCUGGUACAGCAAGCAUUUUGAAAAUUGGAUGGUCAAUAUCAGCGCUGCAGGGGUCCAAAGUGUCCUAAGAACUCUUAGUACGGCCUGAUAUCAAGACAAAUCUCGACGCGAGGAGGUAUUACGUACGUGACAUAUCACAUCUAGGUCACACAUUCCAACACGCAUACCAAGAUUCAUAUUGCUGCUACUUGCGAACAGCGACAUCAUCAACUGUCAUAGGUGAUAUUAUAAAAUAAUAAAAAGAUUAUUGAUGUCACCCGUCUCAAUUGUGGACCCCCUUCAAUAAUCACCCCACGAAAAUAAUUGAUCACAACACCAACCACAAGGCGAUUGCCUUGCGCGAACGACUUCUGGACUACUCGGUGAAGCCAACAAUAUCUGGCAUAGGAAGAAAUUAGUAUAACUUAUAGAUAUAGCUUAUACUGUAUAACAUAAUAUAGUAUUGUAUCAUUAUAUAGCCGUGUAUUAAACACAUUAUUAUUAUUAUUAUAUAGCAUGUUUAUUGAUUAAUAAUUAAUAACAAUAUUAGUAUUGUCUUGGGCAUUUUAGUAAAGAUUUAUCAGCAUUGUAAAAUUAAUAGUUAACGACUCUUGAAUUUUUCUUAUAAAUUGUUUUUCUAUAAACUUUUGCAAAAGUACCUAAAUAUAAAAUGUCGUCUAAAUCAGCUUGCGAUUCCGUUCCCAAUGUACGAACCACCCAACGGCAACGAUCUCUGCGCGAAAUGGUACUUACCAAAGAAACAUCAACUAGAACAACUAAGGCAGAGAGGAUGGGACCACCGGAAAGAGCCAUCGCCUCCAACCGCCACAGAAGUACAAGUAGACAGCCAGUCGGAGGCCACGUCUUCAGUUCGGGAGCAGGAGUCGGCGACCGCCUCCGUGGUAGCAAAGGUUAUAAACUGGGAGCAGUGCAACCUAUCCCCUCCCAGGGAAAUCCUCUCCGAUAAUGAGUCCGAAGCAUCCAGCUUCGAUCUCGCCGUAUCCAACGUAAGCUCUAAGGGGCGGCCCAGCAUGCUCUUCGCCCCCAGCGGCAAACGCAAGGGAGUAGAGAUGGACGUGGCAACGAAGCUGGCAAAUGAAAUGCUACAAAAGGGGAAGGAAGCACUCGAGCAGGCCUGCAAGAUAAAGCGAGAGCACAAGACCACUGCAUUGGAAAGUCUCGCUGGUCUGUAUGAGAUUGUGCUGUCCCUUUCGGAUUCAAGAUCGCGACACAGGUGCAACCUGGAGAAAGAGCGGUCGAGGCAUGCUACCGAACUGAUGAGGGUGGAAAGAGCACACACCAAACACCUUAAUGAGCUCAACAAACAACUCGCUGGGGAACUGGGACUUGCCAGAAAAGACCUGGCCGCCAACCUGGCGGAAACCAAGGCGAUCAGAGACUGGCAAGGAUAUGAGACUCAAGAGCCACACAGGCUCAUAAAGGAGACGGCCGAGGCUAUAGCAGACCUUAAACAGCGUCUGAAAAUGCUGAAUGACGCCGUAGCUACACAAACGGGCCACACAACAUCAAACGAGCCCCUACUGAGGGAUCACGCCAUCAUAAAAAUCGGCGUGGAAACGAUUAAAAACCAGGUGGAUGAGCUACGGCGGGAUGUGCACAAGGAAGCUGAGAAGGCUUCUGAAAUUCAUGGCCUCAACAUAAAAAUGGUCGGUAUUCUGGAGUCUCAGCCGCCCAAUGAAAUCAAGCCUGACAACUGCGAAAUGGGCAAAGUCCUAGAAAUCCUCAGCAAAAUAGACUCUAAGAGGAUUCCCGAGUCCCUCCCGCAGCCCGUCACUGUCGACCUCAAAGAGCAGAUCCAGCCCAUCACGGAAACGCUUGAGGCCGUCAAGUCCGAGCUCCGCACAAUGAGAGAAGAGAAGCUGAGGAUACCACCACCAUCCCUCAGCCUCGAGGCUGAAAUGUGCCUUGCGGAGGGUGAAAAAAGGGUCUCGUGA